AGCCCUUUGGCCCAAGACGCAGUCGUCAAGUUUUCACGCAGCCUCGCGCUGCGUCGAGCAGCCGCGCGUCGAAUGUGCGCGCCGGGCGCGCGUACGCUCGUGUGCGCAGCCCUCGUCGGCUGCGCCUCCGCCGCGGGCAGUGCAGUCAUGCCGGACGCGACGCCCAAGACGCAGGCUGCGCGGCAGGUGUCCGCCUCUUUCGACCCCGUGACGCUGGGCCCGUACCUGCUGAUGCAGGGGAGCGGAGGGCGUCGUGCCGGCCGCUGCCGGCGCGGCCCGCGCCCUCGGCGCGCCGCUGCGGAGCACGGCGCUGCGGAGCACGGCCCUGCGGGGCGCGGCGGUGCUGGGCGCCUCGGUGCUCGUCGCGCGCCCGCUGCUGCUGCCCAGGGCCGCCCCGCCGGCGGCGACCGCGGGCCCGUCCGCGCAUGUACCGGAUCAGCACCUGCGAGC